AUGAGAGUGUCAGUAUCGGUUCCACCCAAUCCUCAUAAAAACACAAAGAUACUGCUAAAGGAGUUCCUGGACAUAAUCCCCAAUUCUUAUGCCAAUGACACAGACAAGGAAUCGGAGGUUUCCAUAAGGAUAGUUGAAGAUGUGGGGCCUCAGUGGAUAGUUUUCAAGAACUCCCAGCUGCAGCUAGUUUUGAAGAUAGUCCAGUACAAAUCUAGAGAUUAUCUAAGGGUAUCCAAGCCUAUUUCAAAGGACCAUCCGCCUCAACUAAUUGUAAAUAACUUCACAACAGAUAUUGGAAUGAAGAUAGUUGAUUUUCUGGCGAAUAUGUUUCCGUUUAAUCAAAGCUCUAGACAGGUCGCGAACUUUACUGUUCAAGGAGACUUCAUCUACUUCAGACUAUAUAAAUAUUGCUUUGGAGAAAAGAAUCCUAUUAUGGAGAAUGUGGGACCACACUUAACAUUGAGGCUCUGGAGAAUGAUAGAAUACAACGGAAACGAAAAGAAAGUUAUGAAUUUCAAGAAGUUUAUCAAAAAUUCAAAUAUAUUGUGA